AUGGCGGCCGUGCCGCUGCCCGCGGAGCCGGUCGCGGGGCGGCCGCCGCCGCCCGCGCGCGGCGCUCCUGCCGCUGGCGUGCCGGGCGGCCAGGAAGACGGCCCGGCGGAGUGGGGGCAGCUACCGCAGGUCGGAGGGCGCCUCCAUGAGGAGAGCAUCCACAGCGUCUUGCGCCUGGUCGAGCAGGAGCGCCAGGGGCGGGCCCGCGAGCGCGCCGACGCCGCGGCGGAGCUGUCGGCGCUGCGGGAGCGCGGCGAGCGGCAGCGGCAGGAGCUCGAGCAGCGCCUGCGGGCCCAGGCGGAGGAGGCCGAGCUGCUGCAGCGCAGCGAGGGGCUGGCGCAGGACCUGCAGGGCCUGCUGGCCCGGGCCGACGCCAGUGCGCAGGAGGCCAGCGGCCUGCGGGCGCAGCUGUCAGAGGCCCGCCGCCUGCUGCAGUCCUCCGACGGGGUGCGCGAGGAGCUGCUGGCGGAGGCGCAGGAGAACUCGUCGGCGCUGGCCCGCGCGAAGGCCGAACUACAGGAGAGCCGCGGCCGCGAGGCCUCCGUGCGCGAGCACGGCGACGCCGCGCACGCGCGCCUGGAGGCCCGGUGCCAGGCGCUCGCGGGGCAGGCGCAGGACUGCGGCCGGGAGGCGGACGUGCUGCGCGAGCGCGCGCAGCGCUACGAGCAGGAGCUGCGCGCCAAGGACCAGCAGCUGGAGCGCGCGCGCGCCGCCGCCGAGGCCGCGCGCGCCCAGGCGCAGGCCGAGGCCGAGGAGGCCCAGCGCGAGGCCGAGCGGGCCCGCGCGGCGGAGGAGCGGGCCCGCGGCGCAGAGGCGCAGCUGCAGGCCGCGCAGGCGGAGGCGCGGCGGCGGCUGGGCGAGGCCGCCGCCGAGCUCGAGGGCCGCCUGCGCGCCGCCCUCGCGGAGGCCGAGCGGCUGCGCCGGGGCCUCGAGGCCGCGGAGGGCGAGGCCAGCGCGCUGCGGGAGCAGUGCGACGCUCAGCGCGCGCGCCUGGCGCGCGCCGAGGAGGCCGGCGCGGAGGCCGCCCGGAGCGCGAAGGAGCACGCGGAGGACCUGGCUCGGCGGCAGCACGAGCGCGCGGCGGCGGCGGAGGCCGAGAAGGCCCGGGCGGCGCGGGCGCUGGCGGAGAGCGAGGAGCUCGCGGCGCGGCGGGAGCGGCGGGCCCUGGAGCUGGAGGCCUGGCUGCUCGCCGCCCGCUCGCGCGCGCUGCGGGUGCGGCUCGAGGCCGCCUCCCCGGGCGAGCCCAGCCUGGGCGCCGGCCGCCCGCUGCACGAGGAAUUCGCGGCGGGCGUGCCCGCCGAGCCCAUCCCAGAGCCGACCCCUGAGAUCCGGCGCUGCGGGCAGAGUCGCGCCCAGGCGCUCUUCGCCGCGGCGCUGGGCGCCGGGCGGCGGCGCUUCGGGCGGCUGCUGCACGCCGCCCUGCUCCUGUACCAGAGCCCCCCCCCCAGGGGUCGAGACUGGGAGAGCAGCAGCCGCUCUCCUCUCGACACGACGUAA